AUGGCUACCGUGGAUAUUCCCGAGCCUCCUGCAUACCCCAUCAUUGGCCAUGCCGCUCUCAUUGACCCCAGCUAUCCUCUUGGUUCAAUCCAGGGAUUUGCCGACAAAUAUGGCGAGAUUUUCCGCAUGAGAUUUCCAGGCUCCAACAACGUUGUUGUCACAACCCAAGCACUCGUAAAUGAGGUCUGUGACGAGAAGCGGUUCAAGAAGGUCGUCGCUGGUCCUCUCAAUCAUAUCCGCCGCGGCGUACACAAUGGCCUCUUCACAGCACACGAUGGAGAAGAGCCCUGGGGGAUUGCACACCGCGUCCUUAUGCCGGCUUUCGGACCCCUCAAGAUCCGCAACAUGUUUGACGAGAUGCACGACCUUGCAAGCCAGCUGACCCUCAAGUGGGCGCGUGUCGGCUCAGACACCCAUGUAGAGGUAUCUGACGAUUUCACUCGCUUGACCUUGGACACCAUCGCCCUCUGCUCAAUGGGGUACCGCUUCAACAGCUUCUACUCCGAGGACAUGCACCCUUUCGUCCAAGCAAUGGCCGACUUCCUCACCGAAUGCGGCGAGAUUGACAGGCGGCCUCUGCCGGGCAUGUUCUACCGCGCCAAGGAUCAGAAGUUGAUGCAGGAUAUUGAGAUCAUGCGGAGCACCGCCGAGGCGAUCGUCAUGGCGCGCAAGAAUGGCACCAAGUCCGAGAGCCACAACGACUUGUUGACGGCUAUGCUCGACGGCGUGGACCCCAAGACGGGCAAGAAGAUGACCGAUCAGAGCAUCAUGGACAACCUCAUCACCUUCCUCAUCGCCGGCCACGAGACCACAUCCGGCAUGCUCUCCUAUUCCUUCUACCAGAUGCUGACCCAUCCCGAGACCUUUACCAAGGCCCAGCAGGAGGUCGACGCCGUCUGCGGAAAGGGCCCCAUCACCGUCGACCACCUCAACAAGCUCCCCUAUAUCAACGGCGUCCUCCGCGAGACUCUCCGGCUCACCUCUACAAUCGGCAUCUUUGCCGUGACACCCAUCGAGGACACCGUAGUAGGAAACAAGUACUUUGUCAAGAAGGGCCAGCCCAUGCUCACCCUGGUGUCCAAGCUGCACCAGGACGCGAGCGUGUACGGCGACGACGCCAUGGAGUUCCACCCCGAGCGCAUGAUGGAUGAGAACUUCAACCGGCUAAACAAGGAGUUCCCCAACUGCUGGAAGCCCUUUGGCAACGGCAAGCGCUCCUGCAUCGGCCGCGGGUUCGCCUGGCAGGAGGCACUGCUGAUCAUGGCGAUGCUGCUGCAGAACUUCAACUUCGUCAUGAAGCCGGGAUACACCCUUUCCCACAAGCAGAAUUUGACCGUCAAGCCGAACGGCUUCACGAUGCGUCCUAUCCUUCGCGACGGUCUCACGCCCACCACUCUUGAGCGACGUCUCGCUGGAUCGCUCCCCGAGACCAACGACCCCAAGGCUGAGGCCAAUCUCGCCGCUGAGGAUACUACCAAGGGCGUUCCUCUGACUGUAUUGUAUGGCUCCAACAGCGGAACAUGCAAGUCACUGGCGCAGCAGGUAGUCGUAGACGGCGCCGCACACGGAUUCCGCACAGUCAAGAUGGACUGUCUCGACAGUGUCAAGGGGUCACUCCCCACCGACCACCCGGUCGUGAUCGUCACAGCAUCAUUCGAAGGCGAGCCCCCCGACAACGCGGGCCACUUUGUCUCCUGGAUCCAGUCCCUCAAGGACGAGGAGCAGGCUCUCAAGGGCGUUUCCUAUGCCGUCUUUGGGUGUGGCCACAGUGAUUGGGUCAGCACCUACCAGCGUAUUCCUAAGCUCGUCAACAGCAGGCUGGCGGCCCUGGGUGCUAAACAGCUUACUCCACUGGGCGCGACUGAUGUGUCGACUGGUGCGACAUUUACGGAUUUCGAAGGUUGGGAGGAUGGGCUUCUGUGGCCGGCUCUCAAGAAGCAAUUUGGUGGCUCCGACGCCUCCACGGAGGAGAAUAGGACUGGGGGUGUCAAGGUUGUCGUGUCGAACCCACGAAAUGAGACGCUUCGACAGGAUGUGCAGCCUGCUGUGGUGGUGGAGACCAAGACUCUCACCAAGUAUGCCGAUGAGAAGUUGGCCAAGAAGCAUGUCGAGAUUAAGCUGCCGACCGGUAUGAAGUACAGGGCCGGAGACUACCUCGCUGUAUUGCCUGUCAAUCCGAAGGAGACUGUCCAGCGUGCGAUGAGAGUACUGGGGCUCUCGUGGGAUGCGCACCUGGAGAUCACAUCAGAUGUCCCCGUGGCACUCCCCGUCAACACACAUGUCUCUGCGAGUGAUGUCCUCAGCUUGUAUGUCGAGCUCUCCCAGCCGGCAACCAAGAGGAACCUCCGCGAGAUUAUCGAAUUCGCUCCAGAUGAGAAGACAAUCGUAUCACUCGGCCACCUAGCGAACGACGGCUACGCAACCGAAAUCACCGCCAAGAAGGCCUCCGUCUUGGAUAUCCUAGAGCAAUUCCCCUGCCUCAACAUCCCAGUCGGCGUCUUCCUCUCCAUGCUCCCUCCGCUCCGAGUCCGCCAAUACUCAAUCUCCUCGUCCCCCCUCUCUAACCCAGGCCACGCCACAAUCUCCUUCGCCGUCCUCCACGAGCCCUCCCUCGCCGGCACGGGCACCCACAUCGGCGUUGCGACCUCCUACCUCUCCACCCUCCAGCCCGGCGACACCCUCCACGUCGCUGUCCGCCAGUCCCACCAGGCCUUCCACCUCCCCUCCGACCCGGAGAGGACCCCUCUACUUUGCAUGGCAGCUGGCGCCGGAAUCGCCCCCUUCCGCGGCUUCAUCCAGGAGCGCGCCAACGUGAUCGCCGCGGGGCGCCGCCUUGCCCCCGCGGUCCUCUUCUUCGGGUGCCGCUCCCCCGCGACAGACGACCUGUACCGCGAGGAGCUGGAUGAGUGGCAGCGCCUCGGCGCCGUGGACGUGCGCAGGGCGUACAGUCGCGACACCAACGCGGCGGAGAGCAAAGGGUGCAAGUACGUGCAGGACAGGGCGUGGCACGACAGGGAGGAGCUGAUGGCGCUGUGGAAGCAAGGGGCUAAGGUGUACGUCUGCGGGUCCAAGGCGGUCGGCGAGUCGGUCAAGGGGGUGAUGAUUCGGAUGCGCAAGGAGAUGGUGCCCGAGGGGGAGCAGGACGAGGAGAAGCUGCAGGAGUGGUUCAACUCGCUGAGGAAUGUGCGGUAUGUGGUGGAUGUGUUUGACUGA